UAAUGAAUUAAAUUUUUUAGGGUAUUAUAAACUACGAAUUUAUUAGUAUAUGAUUGAUAAUAUGGAAGGAAUAUGCCGUUGUUGUCACAGUCAAGGAAAUUUCAGAAGCCUUUACGAUCAGAUUGAAUACGAAGGGCGCACACUAAUUUACAUAACUAUGAUAAAGGAAACUUAUAAUAUUGCUUUUCAUCCAACGAAAGAAGUACCUGGAAUACAUGCAAUAUGUGAAAUAUGUAUACCGAGACUACAUGAUGCUGCUAGAUUCAAAAAUCAAAUUGCUAACUGUGAAAACUUAUUUUACCAGUAUUAUAAUCAUCUUCUUGUUAAAGGAGAAAACACCUCUGACAAGCCAGUGAAAGAGGAAACACCAGAAUACCUUUGUGAGCUCAAAAAGGAACUCACAAAUGAUGAGAAAAGUGCGGAUUGCCUAAAUUAUGCUGAUAGUAUUGAAAAUGAUUCAUCACAAAUAGGAAUUGGGUUAGAUAUUGAUGACCAACCACUAUCAAAACUUAAAUGUUUUGAUGGAAUGUGGACAAAUGAACCCUCAGGCAGUGAUGAAGAAGACACAAAGCCAACAAAACAAAGAGACAAAAAACAUACUUGUACAGUAUGCAGGAGGAAAUUUUCAUAUCUAGGCUCCCUCGAAGUUCACAUGCAAGUACAUACCGGGCAGAAGAACCAUCACUGUCUUCUGUGCGAAAGUAAGUUUAUUUCAAAUAAAGACUUCAUAAAACACAUAGAAGAGAGCCACAUUGUUGGUGAUCAAUUCCCAUGCACAAUAUGCAAGAAAGCUUUUGAAAAGCCGAGACUCCUGAAAAACCAUUUAAAUACACACUUUGUAGACCAAAAAUUCAAAUGUUUACAAUGCAAUAAAGAAUAUCAGAAGAGAAAAAGUCUGAGGGAGCACAUGAAGACGCACACCAAAGAGAAGAAGUAUGUAUGUACAAUUUGUAAUAAAUCAUUCGGCCAUAAUCAAUCUUUGAAAUCACAUAUGCUAAUUCACACGGGUGAGAAACCUUAUAUCUGCGAUAUCUGCGGGAGGAGGUUUCUACAGCGUACACAUCUCAAGAGGCAUAUAUCUAUAAUACACACGGGCGCCAAACCCCACACUUGUACAGUGUGCAACAAAAAUUUCUCAAGUAAAAGUUACUUGACGAUUCACGAACGUCAACACACAGGGGAGAGACCAUACACUUGCGAGGUUUGCAAAGAAAAUUUCACAGCGUACACCACGCUGAAGGUUCACAUGAGAAUACACACGGGUUUGAAACUGUACGAGUGCUCGUUUUGUGAUCGGCAGUUCGCGCAAAUGGCUAGUUUCAAACUGCACGAGCGAACACACACUGGCGAGCGACCGUACAGUUGUAAGGUUUGCAAGAAAUCGUUUUCGGAUAACGGAUACUUAAAGAUUCAUAUGCGCGUCCACUCCGGGGAGAAGCCUUUCAGCUGUGAGAUAUGCAAGCGGCCGUUCCGGGAGACGGGGCAGCUGAAGCGUCACAUGCGCGUCCACACCGGCGUCAAACCGUACACGUGUAAAGUGUGCAACAAGCAGGUCGGCAACCUCAGCAAGCACAUGAAGGUGCACACGGAGGAUAGGCCGUACAACUGCCACGUGUGCAACAAGCAGUUCUCGAUCAACGGCAACCUCAAGCUGCAUAUGCGAAUACAUACAGGCGAGAGGCCCUACACUUGCGACCACUGCGACAGUCACUUCGCACAGAGUAGCGGCCUAAAGCGACACAAGUGUGCUCACGAUAAGAAUGAUACUUGAUGCUAGUUUUAAGAGUUACAGCUUUACUACAUGAUCAACAAAUAAUUUAGAAGGCUCUCAAACAAUAAACUUGACUUUUAGGGUCAUAGGCCACAGCACACAUAUCAACUCGGAAAGAAAUCGUCACCGUUUCGCCUCGAGCCGUUUAAUAUUGUUUGUAUGAAAUUCCCUACUGCAACACACACUAAGCGGAAUCGUAACGUAAUUCGCCUCGCAACAUGAUCCAAACCGCAAUGCAAUGCGUGGUCAACUUCCGGUUCCCGCGCUUACGGCUCGUCGUCCGCGCGCUUACGUCUUUCCGUACCCAAGCUUACGAUUCUUCGUCCACCCUCGCUUCAAACUGAUCUUGGGCCAGCGGUCGGCGUGCCGUAAGCGCGGUGUCGCCAAGCCGUAGCAGAGUUGACGUACAGGAUCGACGCCUGGUUGACGGCGUGGCGAAAGGCGAUAC